CUUGUUCGCGCGCUCGACGAACUUUGCUCUACCACCUAAAGUAGUACGUACCGAAGGGUAUCCCUUCUUCCACUUUCUGCGAACCACGAAAUUCGACUCCACAACCAAAUCGAACCCCAUCCUGGAUUCUUCUCAUUAAUACCAAUUUGAAAAGCUUUUUCUGAGUACAAACGGGCUGGCAGGAUGGUUAGUCUGGGACAUUCGCACCGCCGGCAGUCUGCGGCAAGCAACAGGUCUUCGGUCGACGAAUCCAGGUCGGAUGGGCCGGAGGACGAAACCACGGUCGUGGAGCCAGAACAGGGCAAUGUGUUGUCGCAUAUCAUUUCGCAGUUGAGGCCCGGCGCGGAUUUGAGUCGGGUGGUGCUGCCGACCUUUAUCUUGGAGCCUAGGAGUAUGUUGGAGAGGAUCACGAACUUCAUGGCACACCCGGAGACUCUACUUCCUAUGCCCGAAAUCGAAGAUCCGACACAGAGAUUCCUUUCGGUGGUUAAGUUCUACUUGAGUGGGUGGCAUAUCAAGCCUCCCGGAGUCAAGAAACCGCUCAAUCCUAUUCUGGGCGAGACGUUCACCUGCUAUUGGGAAUUCCCGGACAAGACCCAUGGAUACUACAUCUCCGAACAAACCUCACAUCAUCCUCCCAAGUCCAGCUAUUUCUACAUGGCUCCCGAGCACGGAAUCCGAAUCGAUGGUACUCUUAAGCCCCGCAGUAAAUUUCUGGGCAAUUCGGCGGCGAGUUUGAUGGAGGGCAUUGCCAUUCUGCGGUUCUUGAACAGAGGAAAUGGCUCAAAGGGAGAACGAUACAUCCUCACGCAACCAAAUAUGUACGCAAGAGGCAUCCUGUUCGGAAAGAUGAAAUAUGAGCUUGGAGAUCAUAGUUUUGUGCGGUGCCCGGAGCUUGGUCUGUCGGCUGAUAUCGAAUUCAAGACGAAGGGGUACUUUGGAGGUACUUAUAACGCAAUUGGAGGGACGAUAAAGAAUGAGAAGACUGGAGAAGCUCUGUAUGAGUUGUCUGGAAUGUGGAACGGGGAGAUGUUUGCUAAGGACUUGAAGACUGGUAAAAAAGACCUGCUUUUCAACGCACAAAAAGCAAAGCCCACACCUCCUUUGGUACGGUCACUUGAUGAACAAGAUGAGCGAGAAUCGCAGAAAUUAUGGUAUGCCACAGCACAAGCAGUCAAGGCACGAGACCAUGUGGUAGCUACGGAUGAGAAGACGAAGAUCGAGGACAUGCAGAGAGAUGAAGCAGCGAAGAGAACAGAAGAUGGAGUUGAAUGGCAUCCAAGACUAUUCAGGCCUAUACAUGGAGGUCCCGGAGGCCCAGAUGAAGGCGAAGAAGAUCUGGACUGGAUCUUGAAUGCAAACAUUGAUGGUUCAACACCUCAGAAACAAGUCGAGCAAAUCCUAGCAGUCACACCCAUCAUCCCAGGCCAAAACUUCCGAGAAAAGAACCCUAUUCCACCUCCUCGCAACCGCACGGCAUCCUACAACUCAAUCAACACACCAGCAGCACAACCAACCUCUGAAGCACCACAGAAUGACCCGAUUGAUUUCGGCCAAAACGAAACUACCAAUUCAGGAAUCCCUCCCGCUCCUCCAAGUGGACCCGCAGAUCUCUACGCAGCCCAAACUCAAAACGGAGGUCAGCAACAAAAGGAACUAGAGGGAAGACUGAAAUCCACGAGCACAAGCUCAGUAAACAACACCGAUUCUCUAAUUGACUUCCACCAAGACAUGAAGCAGAAUCUCUCAGUUGUAGACGGCCAUUCGUUGAAGAGACAGGAUACCGAUACGCAGAGCUUGGAUGAGUUUGUGGAUGCACAAGGAUGAUGGUGGAAAAGGAAAGGGGAUACACGUGACUUGCGGGGAUGGGAUUAGAUUAUAGGGAAUUGGUUGGCGUUGUGUUUGCGUUUAUGGAUGCAUCUUGCGUUGCAACAUUCCUGUGUAUAAAGUACAGGGCAUAGCAAGCAGAUAUGAGAUUACGUAUCUAUUCACAGACGUGGACUUUCGGAAGAAUUCUAGAUGCCUUUAUGCUCUUGUGAUUAGUUUUGUGAGCGUCCCAAGAUCUCGGGGACAAUUAGCGUGAAAGUAGGAAAGUGAUUCAUGGGAAAACAGACCAGCGAGACUAUUACUGCAAUGUUUUGGAAGGAGCUAUCGUUCGAUUUUUGAUGGCAAGAUUAUGUCUUGCGCUAUAGUGUACAGUACACG